GAAAUGGAGUAUGGGAUAAUCUUAGCUGUUUAGUUCUCUAGAAAGGGGGUCUCGCAGCGGUGCCUCGUCGGGGGCUUGGGGAUUCAGCACUUGUUAGCUGAGCUAGGUUGGAAUUUUGUUGAAGAGAUUUGCAUUUUCAUGUCCUAUUAAUUUCCGCAUUUCCGAAGACGAUAGACGCUUUAGACUUUCCAUAUUUACAAAAUAGAAAAAUUUCAGAUUCCAUUUGUAAGUUUAUAUUACUGGGACCUUCGUGGAUUAAGAAGGUGAAUUGGUGCUACUAUCUUUUCUUUGCUUGCACGGUGCAGACUUCGCAGUAAGCUAUCAUCAUGGCAGUGGAAUGUUCUGGAAUUGCCAAAGAUGUUACAGAAUUGAUUGGAAAAACCCCAUUAGUAUAUCUUAAUAAAAUUGCGGAUGGUUGUGCGGGCCGGAUUGCUGCCAAAUUAGAAUUGAUGGAGCCAUGCUCUAGUGUUAAAGACAGGAUCGGUUAUAGUAUGAUAGCUGAUGCAGAGGAAAAAGGUCUUAUCACACCCGGAAAGAGUGUCCUCAUUGAGCCAACAAGUGGUAAUACUGGCAUUGGAUUAGCCUUCAUGGCAGCAGCAAAAGGUUACAGGCUUAUUAUUACAAUGCCUUCCUCAAUGAGUCUUGAAAGAAGAAUCAUUCUGAAAGCUUUUGGGGCUGAGUUAGUAUUGACAGACCCUGCAAAGGGAAUGAAAGGUGCAGUUCAGAAAGCUGAAGAAAUAUUGGCUAAGACCCCUGAUGCCUACAUGCUUCAACAGUUUGAAAACCCUGCCAAUCCCAAGAUACAUUAUGAAACCACUGGCCCGGAGAUAUGGAAAGGCACUGGAGGGAAAAUUGAUGCACUUGUAUCAGGGAUAGGUACUGGUGGUACAGUAACAGGUGCUGGGAAAUUUCUUAAAGAACAAAAUCCCAACAUUAAGUUGUAUGGUGUUGAACCUGUUGAAAGUCCUGUGCUCUCCGGAGGAAAGCCUGGUCCGCACAAGAUUCAAGGGAUUGGUGCUGGUUUUGUACCUGGGGUGCUGGAAGUCAGUCUUCUGGAUGAAGUUGUUCAAAUAUCAAGUGAUGAAGCUAUUGAUACUGCAAAGUUUCUUGCGCUUAAAGAAGGCCUAUUUGUGGGAAUAUCAUCCGGAGCUGCAGCUGCUGCUGCCAUUAAGAUAGCAAAAAGACCAGAAAAUGCUGGAAAGCUUAUUGUGGCGGUUUUUCCAAGCUUUGGUGAAAGAUACCUGUCCUCUGUGUUGUUUGAGUCAGUCAGGCAGGAGGCUGAAAGCAUGACUUUUGAGCCAUAAGACGUUCGGAUUUGAAGGCUUUGAAGUUACAUAGGCUCUGAUCCUGGUGCAAGGCUAGGGACUUUCUCGGUAUAGUCGUGACUCUGAAAUAAAAAUUGGUAGAAAAACUAUAGCCAAAGGCCCCAAAACUUAUGCUGUGUCAUAUCUUGAUUUUCUUUGGCGGUUGAAGUCUGCUUAAAUAAUGUUAGUUGUGACGUUCUUUUCUUCUAAAA